UUGAAGUCCAUUGAAGAGUCCUGCCAUCUAUAAUCUCAUAAUUCUCCCCAGAUCUUAUUUACUGCUUUGUGGUAGUGGACCAGAUGUCUGGGAUUCAGUACCUGGCUUACUCGUGGGCUUUUGUCAUCACACAGACUGGUUUUGUUUGCAGUGAGAUUCACUUCUUGAAGCAGUAUGAGGGUGAAUCCGUUGUUCUUCCCUGUGAGAUUGAACAGAGGUACCCAGCGCCCCUGGGAGUCUCACUCAAACGAUCCUGGCUGGUUGAAGAAGAAGUGCUGUUCAAGUACACCAAGGAAGACUUUACAGUUAAAAAUUCUGCUGACAAAAGCCGCAUUAGCGUCAGGGGAGACCCGAGCCUUCAUUCUGUGAAUAUCACCAUCUGUCAGCUGAACGCCAGCGACACAGACCGCUACUACUGCGAGUUUGUCGUGGAAAAUCUUUCCUCUGCAGAUGACCGCAUACGUGGAAAGAUGGAAUUCUUCCUCCUUGUUGGUGCUGGAUGCUUUGACCUUGUGCCUACAGGUGCUCAGUUUGGUGGCUCCAGUUACUCCUUUCUGGUGUACGCUUUGUCAUCAGCCGUGGUUUUUCUCCUUCUGCUCUUCACUGGAUUUGUGGUGAUUUCUAAAUGCAAAGGAUCUCAGAGUAUGAAGUCACAUGAAGCCGAUGUCUACGAGGAAAUGGGUAGGGCAACACCUCCCAGUCAAACACAAGCACCUGCCCAUCAGAGGGAAAUAACAGAAGCUUCCCAACAAAGUAAACUUCACCUGGGGAACCCCUAUGAAUUUCAAGAGGUGCUCUCAUCAACAUCAUAAACUAGAGUGUCCAAAAACACUAAACUCCAGUUAGUGUGCAGAAUUCUUAUAUCUUUUAAAUCUCCUGCAUAUUGCUAGACAGCUUGCAUUCUGACAUUUUUUUUUACCUUAUUAUAAAAUAACUUUGGCUGCUUUUGCUGUUAUCAUAGUGAUUAAAUGCUCUGUACAUUACUGAAUUUUAUUCUGCACUCCGUUACAUAUCCCGGUAUACAUAUCCUUUCCAGUUACUUAGCAGUUGUCUCAGAUUGGAGUAGAUAGUGGUAAGUUGAUCCGUUUUAGCAGACAAAGAGCCAAAUAAUCUGUCAAAGGGCUUCGUUCUGGUGUGCGGUGACUCAACUUAGCAGAAAGCCUGAGUUGACAAAGGAAGUAGAUAAUCAGUGUUGCAAUACUCGUUAUCUCUAACUGAGGUUUUUAGGUUUUGUGAAGACAGACAACACAAAGAUAUACUGAACUUAUCUUGUAGUACAUUCAUCCACCUUUUUACACGUUAAACUGAACAUUUGGGUUAUGUAACAGGAAGAAGGAAUGAAGAAUGCAUGGUUACAUUGUAACACUGGUUCUUUGAGUAAGUACACUAGCCAGUAUAGGUGGAAGUAAGCGGCUACAUAUGGAAUCUGAGUCUCUUCACUCAGAGAACCAGCAUUACAAUGUAACCAUGCAAUAAUACAAUGUAACAUUUUGAAGGAAACCAGUAAGAAAAUGUUAAUGGAAAAUAAUCAGACGUGAAUUGAAUCUGGCGGGGUUUCAUCCAAAAUGAACACCACACCUAGCCCUGCACCAGUCCAGCACAGAGGGCUGCAAACAUCACCACGACACAGAAAACUAAGCAGUUUAUCCUAAAGCAAAAUGAACAGCACAAAAUUAUAUUUCAGUUAGCUCUGAAAAACAGAUAGAAAUCUGUAUUUGUUGCAGGGAGAAAUGGGAGAAAUGUUUCAUCACUCAUCCAACUGAUUUCUUCAGUCUCAGUUGACCGCAGGUUUCCCAGCUUUAUAAACCGAGCAGUUGCAUAACAUUCAAAACUAGCAUCAUUGCCUAACAAUAAGCCAUUUUUGCUUUUAUUAAUUUGAAACCGUCAUGACCGUUAGUGUUGUCAUCAAUAUAGUUAAAUAUAAUAAAUAUAGUUCAUGCAAACAGUCAUGGCAAAUUACCUGUUAACAAUGAGAAACUGUUGUGGCUCAAUUUUUGGCAGUUGCGCUGAUUUUGAUUGUUUUGCAACUUCAUCUACACAACUGUACUGUUUAUAGGAUUGAGGACACUUGCGAUGAAAGGAAAUUCUAACACGAAUCAGAAAUUUUACCGUCGUUGGGACAAGGUCGGUGAAUACUCACUUCUCACCAAUUGUGUCAUGUGUUAAUAUGUCAUUUUUUUACAUGCUGCAUCGUACUCUUUUCUAAAUGUGUUUAUUUGCUGUGGUUUACUGUAGCUACCACUGUUUCACUUACUAUCCCAGAUUUGUUUGUGUGAGCAUUG